AUGCAAGUGGUUGGAUCAUACGAGGACUUGGCAUGGGAGGAAAUAUCUCUAUGUUAUCACAACUUCAACAUGGUGGACAGUGAGGGCAAGGGCUACAUCAACAGCUUUCAACAGUUGAUCCAAUAUAUCUCGUUGGUCUAUCCGAGUGGCACACCGCCCACCUCGCAAUUCCUGUUCUCAAUGAACAUCCUGUAUCCUGGCGCUGUACCCAUACAAGCGCAACAACAACCUAGCAACUUCCUCACACUUCAACAAUUGAUGUAUACGUACUCCCACGCCAAAUCAUUGAUCAAUGUGGCGGCUUCGAUUACCACUGGGAUGCGCAAGUUCACGCCACAACAGGCUGUCUACAUUGUAGAGGUGUUCAACUCGGUCAAGGACAGUAGAGGUGGCGUGCCAUCUCAGAAACUGGCACUAUUUGGAGCGGACAAGUCCAAGCUACCAUCAACAACCCUGCCAUUCUAUGAGUUUGUAAAGUACAUUGGUCUCAACUAUAUACCAUUCGAGAACCUAUUCAAGUUCCAAAAGUCACCUGCCAUCGAGGCACAGGCAUCACCUGUCAAGGAGGUGGAAGAGUUUGAGGACUUAUUCGCCAACUUCAACAAUGUUAACAACAACAAUAUCCAGAACUUGUUCAUUAUCCCAAACAACAAUAACAAUAUCCCCAACAACAUCCAAGCAAACAACGUCCAAGCCAACAACAUCAUCCAAGCCAACAACAUCCAGGUCAACAACAUCCAAGCCAAUAACAUCCAAGCCAACAACAUCCAAGUCAACAAUAAUAUAGCCAACACAAGCGGGAAUAUUAGAAUAUCCCAACAACAACAAGGCAACAACACAAACAAACAACAUAUAUUCUCAGAUAUUGAGAUACAAUACUCUGAAUUACAGACACAGAGUAAACUUGGUGAGGGUACAUUCGGUCUGGUGUAUAAGGGCACUUGGCGUGGAAGUACAGUGGCAAUCAAACAGAUAAAGGUCCAUGAUGAUGUGACUAAUCAGGCAUUGGACGAGUUCAGGAAGGAGUUGACCAUCCUGAGUAAGCUACGACAUCCCAACAUCGUCCUACUGAUGGCCGCAUGCACACAGCCACCCAACCUCUGCUUUGUCACCGAGUACCUUUGUGGAGGCUCGUUGUACGACGCGCUCCACUCCAAAAAGAUACGUAUGAACAUGCCACUCUACAAGAAGCUGGGCAUCCAGAUUGCACAGGGCAUGAACUACCUUCAUCUGAGUGGCAUCAUACACCGCGACAUCAAGUCGCUUAACCUGUUGCUGGAUGAAAACAUGAACGUCAAGAUCUGUGACUUUGGCCUGUCGCGCUUCAAAUCAAAGUCCGCAGCGAUGACCAAGUCAAUCGGAUCACCGAUAUGGAUGGCGCCAGAGCUGUUGAUGGGCAGUGACAACUACACGGAGAAAGUCGAUGUCUACGCCUAUGGUAUCAUACUCUGGGAGAUUGGCACUGGCGAGCUGCCCUACUCUGGCCUUGACUCUGUUCAGCUGGCGGUGGCUGUGUCCACAAAGGGACUACGACCGACCAUUCCCUCGACUUGGCCAGCUCCACUACACCAACUCAUUCAAUCAUGUUGGCACCAAGACGCCAACCAACGUCCUACAUUCACACAGAUAUUGGCACAACUCGAUAAGCUCACAGUCUAG